GCAGUGCAUUGCAAUUCCUUAUUCAUAUACUGAGCAUUAAAGUUUUAUGAAUGUCUGUAUCCGUUUAGGACAGCUAAUAGGUUCAUUUUUCUCAUUAUGGCCCUGCACACUGUUGUGGGUUUGUUUGCAUAAGUUGCCGUAGAAGAUUCGAUUCUACCAGUGUGUUAGAAAAGGGAGUUAAAUAUGGCCUGAUUAUAUCACCUAGUGACACUCUUCUGCUGAUGCUACAAAUAAUUUUGUUGAACAGCAUGGACCAGAGAGCUUUUCCUAAUCCCUACAAGGACUAUGAUGGUACUGCAGCUUCAGUUCAGGAAUUUCUGGAUCCUACGGGAAAGCUAAGUGAAGCAUUCACACACCGACUGAGUGCCAAGAUCAAUGAGUUGUUGCAGCACAUGGAAGUGGGGCUAAAAACUGCUGAUCCUCGAGAUGGCACAGUGUACACUGGUUGGGCAGGGAUUGCUCUCCUGUAUCUGCAUCUGUUCAAUGUAUAUGAAGAUGCCGCCUUCCUGCAAAAGGCUCUAGAGUAUGUUUCUAGGAGCCUGAAGUCCCUUGAUCGGCGGUCCUUCACCUUUUUAUGUGGAGAUGCAGGGCCUUUGGCUAUAGCAGCUGUAAUCUACCACAAAUUACAGAAAGUGGAAGACUCAGAAGAAUGUGUCAAUCGUCUGCUUCAGCUGUACCCAUUGGUGGGAAAAGUAGAUACUCGGAUCCCUGAUGAGAUGCUGUAUGGACGUAUAGGGUAUCUCUACGCCCUAGCAUUUGUGAACGAACAGUUCAGGCAUGAAAAGAUUCCUAAGCAAUACAUGCAGCAGAUACUGGAGCUUCGUGGACUGUGGGUCAGUAUCAAGAAGCAGUGGAAAUUGACUAUGCCAAUUGCAUUCAAGGAUAAAGCCCUAACUACAGUCCAGGUGACCACUACUGGCUCUGCAGCAUGA